UUAAAGGAACUAGGUUCUCUUAACCUCAGUAUUUCAGACGACACAAUGGCAACACCAAAGAACCAUCAGAGGAGGCCAUUCACCCUGGAAGUGGAUGACCAGACCGACGAAGAGCGUGCUCAGAGCAAAGAACAGGGCACAAAGGAUCACUGGACCUCUGCAUUUGGCGUGGGUGCAUCCAAAAAGGAAAGGAUCCCUAUGGACUCUGAAUAUCAAGAGGAGCUUGGAGAGCCCUCUUCACAGAUUAAAAUCAACAGGAAUUUCGUCAAGGGCGUCAGAGGAAUAACAGGUGAAGCUGCCCAAGACAAGGGCAAAUUUGACAUGAGAAGGCUCUUCUCAGCAGUUUCUAGUGGAGAGGUUGCUCAGCUCGAGGGACUGGAGCAGUACCUGCGCCGGGCCAUGAAGCACCUGACUGACUCUGAAUAUCGGUCCAAGGGAAAGACUGCUCUACUCAAGGCUCUCCUAAAUCUAACAGAUGGCAGAAAUGACACCGUGAAAUUGCUCCUUGAUAUUGCGGAGAAGAUGGGUGAUUUAAAGGAAUUUGUCAAUGCAGCGUAUACAGACAUUUAUUACAAAGGCCAGACAGCCCUUCAUGUAGCCAUUGAGAGAAGGAGUCAAUACUUUGUUGAGCUUCUGGUACAGAAAGGAGCUGAUGUCCACGCCAAAGCCUGUGGGAAGUUCUUCCAGCUGCAUGAUGGACCUUGCUUCUAUUUUGGAGAGCUGCCACUUUCCCUGGCAGCCUGCACCAACCAGAAAGACAUGGUUGACUUCCUGUUGGAAAACCAAUACCAGAAUACAGAUGUACGGGAGGCAGACUCUCAGGGCAACAUAGUUCUCCACGCCCUGGUGAUGGUAGCAGAUAACAGCCCUGAAAACACAGAUUUUAUUAUUAAGAUGUAUGACCACAUUCUGACCAGAGCUGCCCAGCUUCACCCAAAAGUCAAACUGGAGGAGAUUGAGAACAAGCAGGGCCUCACUCCAAUUAAACUAGCAGCCAAGAAAGGCAAGAUUGAGCUGUUUAAACACAUUUUGCAUCGAGAGUUCCAGGAUAAGAAGACCAGACAUCUUUCCAGAAAGUUCACGGAGUGGGCCUAUGGGCCGGUUUAUUCCUCACUGUAUGACUUGUCAUCACUGGACUCCUAUGAAACAAAGUCUGUUCUAGAGAUAGUCGUUUACGGUACUGAAAUCCCGAACCGUCUGGAGAUGCUUCAGGUGGAGCCACUCAGUCAGCUGCUGGAGGAGAAGUGGAGGAGAUUUGCUCAUCCAAUAUUUCUCUUCACUUUUGUGGUCUAUUUGAUUUACCUCAGUGUUUUCACCACCGUGGCCUAUUUCCGGAAAGAUGGAUCAGAUGGACUGCCACCAUACCCACUGGAGAAUACAUUGGAAGAUUAUUUUCUUGCAUCAGGGCAAAUCAUACUUCUCUUGGGUUCGCUUUACUUCUUCUUCAAAGGGUUAUCAGAUUUGAAAAGAAAACGUCCAACCCUGGAAACCUUGUUAGUAGAUGGCUUCUGUGAACUCAUUUUUUUCACCCAGGCAGUGCUCUUCCUGGUCUCCGUGGUGUUCUACUUCUGUAGUAGGAAAGAGUAUCUUGGGUUCAUGGUGUUGUGCCUUGCUCUCAGCUGGGUCAAUGUACUCUAUUACUCUAGAGGGUCCAAGAACAUGGGCAUCUAUGGAGUCAUGAUACAGAAGAUGAUUCUUGGGGACAUUUUACGUUUCCUUUUUGUCUACAUGGUUUUCCUCUUUGGAUUUUCAGCAGCAAUAGUCGUUCUACUGGAUGAACCAGAACCAAACAGCACAACAAAUGUGUCAAAAGCCCGUUUUUUUUUUACAACCGAUGACUCCACCAACUGCAAAAAGCCAACUUUCAAAAACUUCUACUUCACCACUCUGGAGCUGUUCAAGUUCACCAUUGGCAUGGGGGACCUGGAGUUCACUGAGCAGUACCGCUACAAGGAGGUGUUCUAUGUGCUGCUCAUCUCCUAUAUCGUCCUCACCUACAUCUUACUCCUCAACAUGCUCAUCGCCCUCAUGAACAAAACAGUGGAGAAGACCUCCAAAGAAAGCACAAACAUCUGGAGACUACAGAGAGCCAUUACCAUCCUGGAUAUAGAAAGACGUCUACCACGGUGUUUGAAGCGCAGACUUCGCUCUGGAGUGGAGAAAAACCUGGGCAAUGGCAACGGAGAGGACCGGCGCUGGUGCUUCAGAGUGGAGGAAGUCAACUGGAUCAAAUGGAAUACCUGCUUGGGUAUAAUCCAUGAAGAUCCUGGGAAUCAAGACUUCAGGAUAUCAACGCCCCCACCUGGCAGACCAGGGAGAGAGAGAAGCUGGCGAGGCUUCCUGAGGGAUUUCAGUCAGCGCCGGCCUCAUGAAGGGCAACAGCACGCACAAGAGAUGAACCUUCUCUCAGUCUGCCAUGCUUGAUCAAAUGACUACUGUUCUCCAAUCAGCAGUUCCAUAUGUCACUGUUUAUCAAAGACUUUUAAAGAUUUCAACUUUCAAAGAUUUGAAAUGAGGAAUGAAUUAUCUACGGCCCCCAGGGUGAUAUUUGAUUAGUUUUAGAACCGGCCCGCAGGCCACAGCCGCCGGCUGCUGUUUUGCACGCACCAAUACUCCAUUCCCCACAAUGCAACGGUAGCCCACGAACGCCGCCAAGUGGGCCUUAGCUUCAUUAUUCAUCAGUAUUCAGUCAGGGCAGAUGUCAACUUUCAGCUACCCCCCUCCCCAGCGUUGAGCCUGAACACGUUCAUUGAACAAAAGUUCAUGAACUCUUUCAUAUUUUGAGCGAACGUGAACUGUACCUACUACAUUGUAGCAAACUGCACAGUUGUCUUAGAAUGAUUUCUAUUGGUUACGUAUCGAGACACACGGACACAAAAUGCCGGGCCAGACCUGGCCCUUAUGCUCCAGCACUAAACAUCUAUGUGAGGCUGUAUCUACAACACACACUAG